ACGGUCAUCGCUUGCAUCAUCACGCAGCUAAAAUCCGAUAUUUUCCGAAGAGUCAAAAAUGCCUGAUUUCUUGAAGGUAAAACUGUUUCGCUGUUUUCGUUGUAAAAUCGCAUAAAAAUCCUUCCAAAAGUGAGCCCGUGUUGUGAAUCUACCAAGGAACGUGCAGGAAACGUUCGAAUUAGGAGGAAAUUGGCACGAAUCAGUGAUUUUUCGGAAACUUCGCCCUUAUCAGAAGCUCAAAGUCGCUGGCAGGAAGAGAAAAAAUUCCUCCGUUUGACAUUUCCAGCGAACGGGAGCCCGAAUCGAACUCGAAGACGUUGGUGUAUUUUUUCCCUGACUGAUUUUAUUGUUUCACUGCAAAAAUUGUUCUUUUCGUGGUUCCGGGGAGUACUUUAAUACCGCCGCCGCCGCGUUCGAGGUUCCUACGUGAUCGUGUUACGUGGUUGAUAUUUUGCUGUUUUUGUUUUGUGCCGUUCGGGAGACGCUGAAAAAAUGACAGAUCGUUGUUUUGAUCAAGUGAAUUCUUUCCAGAUCGCUGGUGAUCACAUCCUAAUAUACGAAGCGUACUACAAACAGCUCGAUCCAAAAGAGACUAACGAAAUCGGUGCGCUUGAUGCAGCCAAAUUUCUCAAAAAAUCCGGACUAAGCGAUGUAGUCCUCAGCCGAAUAUGGGACCUGUCCGAUCCCAGCGGACGGGGAUUUCUCACAAAGGAAGGCUUUUUCGUAGCACUCAAACUGAUCGGACUGGCACAGGAGGGCUCGGAGUUCAAUAUGAAGAACAUAUAUAACGAAUUACCGAAGCCGCCAAAAGUGGGUGAGUUACCGAAGGUUCCAGCCCAGGUAAAACUGGUUCACACAGAGAACAGCGACUGGUCUAUUAAGCCGGAAAAGAGGCAUCAGUACGAACAGCUGUUCGAAUCACUUGGUCCCAUGAACGGAUUGCUUCCGGGGGCAAAAGUACGCAGCACUUUGAUGAACUCCAAGCUGCCGGUGGAUACCCUCGGUCGUAUUUGGGAUCUAGCUGACCAGGAUCGUGAUGGCAGUCUCGAUAGGCACGAGUUUUGUGUCGCCAUGCAUUUAGUGUACGAAGCACUAGAUAAACGAGCCAUUCCAGCAGCUUUACCGCCACAGUUGCAACGCAAUGCACCUACAGCAACUAACAAUAGUAACAACUUUGAUGCAUUCGGAAGUGGUGACGGAGGUUUUGUAGCAAACUUCCCCACAGAUAUUGCGCCCCCGCCAGUAGUUCCUCCUCUUCCAGCGAUCGCCAGAGCAACACCGCCGAUCAUUCCACCGGCACCAUUGGUUCCACUCAUUCCAACUGGAGGUGAUGCUACCAUCUCGAAUAAUGCCUGGGUAGUAACAACGCUGGAACGUUGCCGUUACGAGGAGAUAUUCAACAAAAGCGACAUGGAUCGCGAUGGGCUUGUAUCGGGACACGAGAUCAAAGAGGUGUUCCUCCAGUCCGGUCUACCUCAGAAUGUGCUCGCAGUCAUUUGGGCCCUGUGCGAUACCAAUCAAAUCGGUAAGCUACGACUGGAGGAAUUCUGCCUUGCUAUGUGGCUCGUCGAACGAGCAAAAAAGGGAAUUGAUCCGCCCCAGGUACUAGCGCCAAACAUGAUUCCUCCCAGUUUGAGGAAGAAUUCGCUGAUUGCACCACCGGAACCAAAACCGACAUACAGUAAUCCAGAGCUGGAAAUGAUUUCGAAAGAGAUUGAGGAGCUGGCCAGGGAGCGCCGACUGCUGGAACAGGAAGUCGCCCAAAAGGAGGCCGAUGUUCGAAUAAAGAAUGGGGAAAUGAGAAGUUUGCAGAGCGAAUUGGAUACGCUGACAGCCACACUGAAACAGUUGGAGAAUCAAAAGGGUGAAGCACAGAAACGACUCGACGAUCUCAAAAACCAGAAAGUUGAGGUAGACACUGCCAUUGCUAGUGCCCGAGAGCAGGUGAACAAAAUUCGUGAACAGUGCCAGAAGCAGGAGGCAACCCUCAAGGAACAGGAAGGCGAGCUGGAUUCCCGCCGUUCCGAGUUGCAAAAGUUGAAAGACGAAGAGCAGGCACUCGAGCGGGAGUACAAUUCCGGCACCAAAGAUGUGGAUCGUCUAACGUCGCAGCUGCAGGACACGCAGCUCGAGAUCAGUCAGGUCAAAGCGAUGGUUACUCAGAUACAGGAGUACCAACGACAGAUGACCGAUGCGUUGGCCAUGUUCCGCAACGCGAUCGAUACCAACGAUCCGGCAUUGGUGUCGGAUUACUCGUUGAAAAUUGAACCCGAAUUUAGAGAGGCUAAGCAGGCACUCGUGGAGAAAGAGGUGGAAAAUGCUAACAAACGGGAUCCGUUUGGAGAUAAUAAGGCCAACGGUUUCGGAGCGACGGACGGAGAAACAGGUUUCGGGGAUGAUUUCAAAACCAACGGAUUUACAACACAGUUCGACACGAAUAAUGGAUUCCAGAGUUCAGGAUUCGACGAUGGUUUUACCAAUGCGUUUGAUAACAAAAGCAGUGAUCCGUUCGCUUCCUCCGCGAGCAGUGCCGAUCCGUUUGCUGAAACAAAGGGUUCAGCUCCACAGGUGGCCAGGGAUCAAUUCGGUUGUGAUCCGUUUGCCAUAUUACACGCACCAACCACCGCUAGUCAGAUACUCAGUCCCAGUCCAAACAAAUCGGUGGCUCCUCCACGGCCGGAAUCACCUAGUCCUGCGCUGCCACCGAAGAAAGCGAAACAACCUCCACCAAGACCGGCCCCGCCACGGCCUCUGCAGGGUCCCACACCGACGAAACCAGCACCAUCUACAAUGGAUGCCUUUGGCGACAGUAGUGGCGGCAGUUUUGCGAACUUCGCUGACUUCGACAAUAAGAACCUUAAACCUGCCGUUCCACCAAACCCCCUGCAAGUAUCCUCUGUCUUCACACCGACCUUGGUUCUAUCACCAUCGCCAGUGGCUGGCCGUGGCUUAGGAGGACCAUCUCCGUUGCCCGUUUUGUUGGGUGCUUCUAACAUCACAACCACCAUGUCGAGUUCGCGCAUGUCAUCCUCGCCAGUGCCUAGUGUGGGGAGUGAACCUACGAAAACUGCUGUCUCCGGGACGACAGCGGUCGAUUUUGUCGAGGAUCCCUUCAAGGAUUAUCGCUACGAGGACCCCUUCAACAUCGCUGAUCCAUUCGCGGACGAUGACGCCGAUGGAACGAGUACUGAAGACCCAUUCUCCUCUGAUUCGAACACAUUAAGUAUCAACCGAUCCGCUAGUCCGAAAAAAUCGACAACGGGCAAAGAGUUGGAUGAUUUGUUCUGUGACGCACGGAAUAACAACUUUCUUUUCAAUAGUAGCAGCACCGGUUUCAAACCUAGCACCGGCAGUGACCCGAAAAAACCGUCGACCGGCGAUCCGUUUGAUGCCUUCAAUGAUAAUUUCAGUAAAAAUGCCUUACAUGUCACAGCCCAACAAGAUCUGCUGUUCAAAGCUUUCGGUGCCACGGAAAACACGACUAGUACGAAGUCAUCCAAGGACACGCUUUUCGGUGCAGCCGCCAAGGUAAGCCCGUUCGAGGAUGAGUUCACUAGUGUUGAGGAUAAAUUUAGUGAAAUAAGGGACUUUCCGACCAACAACAACAACAACCACCGUGGUGCGAUGGGAGGGAAGAAAGGUGCUACUAAGGCAACGUUCUCUGACUCACUCGAUUUCGCUAAUUUUGAAGUGUUUAGUAAUAUUAGCAAUAACCUGAAAAAUAACAACAGUUUGAAGCGAACUAAGGAAGGAAAACGUGCCGUUCCUACACCCCCACCGGUCACCAAGUUUAACGACGACUAUUCCAAGGACGAUGCGUUUGAUGCGGAUUUUCAAGCUGUUCUGGAACGGUCCAGAAGGGAACAGUGAAGAAGGAAGGUUUGUUGAUCUUUUGUUUUUUAUGUUUGUUAGUUAUUUUUGCGACCGAAACUAAAGCUAAAGAGAAAAACAAUAAUACCAGUGAACUAAAUCAAAAUAGAAAAAUAGUUGCAGAGAAGCACAUUUUAAAACUUAACAUUUAGAACCAUUUCCCUAGUUUGGGAAUCAUUUUUGGUAGUUUCUAUACUGGUUAAAAAAAGAUGAAUAAAUUUUGUUUUGUGCUGUAAAUUCUCGUCUAAUGUUGAGUUGACGUUGAAAAGAAAUUUCAGAUAUUACACUUUCUUGAGAAACGCUAUUUAAACUUUUGGCAUUCUUGUUGGUAUCAAACUCAAAUUCGAAUAGGUUAUUCUGUUUUGGUAAUAAAGACUGAACGAAGAAACUUAAGGUGUACAGAGAUCCAAUUUGUUGAGUCUACAAUCGUUUCAUAUCGAAGGUGCUCUUGAAAAGUUGCUUCGAACUGAUCCGAAAAAAAUGAUGGAUCGACUGAACAAAAUGAUCAAAAGAUUCCGAAAGCAUCUUAAUACUACAUUUCUACAACCUUCUGACGCAUAAGCUUUAUUAUUUGUAAUAUAUUGCCCACGAUUAUUACUUGAACAUGAGUUGGAGCAUUUCUAGACGUAAGUUAUAGAUAUUAAAAGAUGGCUCUAAUCGAUGUUGUAAAUAUCUGUUUGUAUCUAUACUUAUACUAGUUUUUUUUAGUGCAAAGAUUUCAAUAGGAAAACUCAACAGCCCAAAAAGUAUGGUCGCAAUGAUUGUAUACUAUUCCCCCGAAAAUCAUUCCCCAGAAGGCCAUUCCCCAGAAUUCCACUCCCCAGAAUAUCAUCCCCCAGAAUAUACUAUUCCCCAGAAAGUCAUUUCCCAGAAUGUACCAUUCCCCAGAAUUCCAUACCCCAGAAUACACCAUCUCCCAGAAAGUCAUUCCCCAGAAAAGUUUAACUUUUUUUUUUUUAUUGAUUUGAUCUUUUCAAACGUACUACUCGUUCCAAGAGGCAGAUCACUUGUGAUGUAUUUUUAAAAAUCAGCGAAAUUAAAUGCAUUUAUUUCCAUCAAAAUAGAAAUUCAUAAUGUAUUUUGCUUUGCUUGCAAUGUCUUUUGCGUUGCGUGCAAGACGUCAAAACGCUACGAAAAAACUAGCCUUACAUUCCAAAAAACGUCGAACAACUUGUAUCAGCGUAGGACGUUUGUUGAACAAACUUUUCUGCGAGGGAGUGCAAAGUUGAUGCAAAAAUAGAAAUUAAAUGCAUUUUUCUAAUUUGAUGCAAAUUUGUUAUACAUUGCUAGAGUGAUCUGCCCCUAGACACACCCACUUCCAUCGAACGACAUUCUUCGAUUCGGUCACAUUUCAAAUGAUUUGCGUUGUGUUGAAACCGGAAGGUAGGAUGACAUUAUAUAUUCCGAAUUUAAAUAAAGAAUAGCUGACUUUCCCGAAAAACCAUUCCACAGAAAGUAAGAUACCGAAGUGUUUUCCCCAGAAAGAACUAUUCUCCAGAAAACCAUAUCCAGAAUGAACCAAUGCUCAUAAGUUCAUUCCACAGUUAUAACCAUUUCCCAGACAUUUUUUUUGAAGUGGGAAAUUUUUUUGAUGAAAAUCAAAACAUUUUUUCAGUAUGUUGCCCAUAUUGCUCCCCUCGAAAAGUGCACUGGUAGCAGCAUUAGACAAUAGCAAUAUAGGACAAAUCGCAAAAUUCAGUACAGGUGUGCUUUUCAGUGCCAUUCAACAGAAACCAUAGAAAGCGGUAGCCACCUUCCUAGGAUCUAAAAGAAUGAAACAGUGUUAUGUAAGUAAGGCGAAACAAAAACUUUGUACAUUACCUAAGUCAAUGCAUGAUGCUGGUACGGAUAAGCCGUCGAAAGCGGCGGCUCCUCGCAAAAAUAUCGUUGCACCAGUUCGACCAAAACACCAGACACCUUUUAUACAUGCUUCCAACCACUCAUUUACAAAUUACUCAACCCACAGGCCCAGGAGCAAUUGGUAUAUCCCCCGUAUACUUGCACAUAUGUCAGUAGCGCCAUAAUCGCAAAUGCGAUAACAGUCCCAACUAAUAAUAUAUUCAAUUCAAAAUGAUCGCUAACAUUGACGAAUAAUUGUUGUCGAGUAUUAUGUCUAACUCUGUGGUAAAAGUACCAUUUGGCGUAAGGUAUGAAAAUACUUUCGAAUGUAUUUAGUGCAACCUGUUUGAGUAAACCGAGCAAUCGUACAUUUGCGUACGAAACAUUCUUACAAAAGAAAGAUAAAUGCUCUAAAACCCACGAAACCAUUUGUAAAAAUAUGCAUUCAUUUCGAUUUUAAUAUGGAUUUAACCAAAGCUCCAAAGAAGGAAUCAACAUAUAUGUUUGAAUAAACCGGGCAGACGAAAAGAUCACAAGUUUGCGUGCAAGAGUUACUUGGCGUACAAAUUCAAAGAACUGCUCAUGUUUGAAAGAAGGAUCCAACUCCUAUGUUCGAGUAAACAGGUUUUACGAGAGGAUAACAGGUUUGCUUGCGAGAGGCCGCCGCUCUCGACGGCACAUCCUCAGCAGCUUAACACCGCAUAAGUUCUUUUAAUUACGUAUGCGCAAACCUUAACCUAACCACAAAUAAUGAAUAAAAACCAUAAGUUUUCUGGGGAAUGGGGCAUUCUGGGGAAUGACUUUCUGGAGAAUGGGGCAUUCUGGAUAAUGGUUUUCUAGGGAUUAGCAUAUUCUGGGAAAUGUCUUUCUGGGGAAUGGUACAUUCUGGGGAAGGGAAUUCUGGGGAAUGGCUUUCUGGGAAAUGGCUUUCGGGGGAAUGGUAUACAACCGUCGCAAUUCCUGUACAAGUAUUUUGGGUGAAUCUCUCAGCUUCUAAUCGCCAGAACUGAACUCGAACUUACUCAGCGCAGGUGAGGUAUAUGCACUGCAACAUUGAAAGUUACUUGUCAUUAUAUAACUAUUUGAGGCGUGGUAUCAUUAAUAAAAUAAAACUGUUACAUAGCUUAUGGUAGUAAAAUGCGUGUUGGUUCCCCAAGGCCCAAAAUGGCAAUAAAUGGACACAAAAUAAAGCAAAGAAGUUUUUUGUAACACUUUGUUAGCUCAUUUACGUGCAACUUUUAAAAAGGUAGUUCAUGGAGACUCCAGAACGAAGUUAAUGCUCUUAUCUUCCCUAGUAUUGAUAACAUUUAACGUUGUGCAUAUCAACAGUAUACUACUUAUAAUCGCAUAUUUGUCCCAUGUUCUAAGAGAUUCCCUAACUACAUGAGAAUGAUCUGCGAUUAUAGGAAGUAUAUGGGUCAAGAAAACUACAGUCACUGGCUACAUUAUUAUACAUAAGCUGAAAAAAAUCAGUUGUUUUAUCUACAAUACACGUUUAUUGCUUGAUAGUUGUAGUUAAAACAAGCAAAUCAGUUUUAUUAUAAGAGUAAUGUCGUAUACCCAUUCUAAAAAUUGUAGUCUGCUGUUCUACGCAUAACUGUCCUAUGUAUAUAGGGAAUCCAAUAGAACAUGGGACAAAUAUGCUGAUAACGGCAGUAGUAUUCCCAUAAAUCAAGAAAGUUUCAUACAAUUGCAUCAUGAAAUGCUAAGGAUCAACAAUAACUUACACUGAUCAGUUUCUAAGUACUAUUUAUAAUUUAAUUACGACGUAAUAUGUAUUUUGCACGAUAUGACGCUUUCACUGAGUUUGAGUUUUAUUCGUUUAUUUAAAGUUUUCAUAUUUUACACUGCCGCCAUUUAUGUUUGAACGUGUUGAGUCCUCAAAAAAAACUACAUAAAAUAAUACCAAAAGUAAGACUAUAGAAGUUCUGUUGAGAAUUAGCGCAAAAAAGGAUGAAAUUCAAGAGAAGAUUCAAUUUAUUUUAAGUAUAAUAAUAUUGGCCAGUGACUGUACAUAUUGCUAUAGCAAAACAUACAGAAUAGUACAGUGUACAUAUUUCGUAAAAGUACGUGAAAUCUACCCAAACAAACUUAAACAUAACCAUUAUUCGAAAGCAGGUGAGAGCUAUAGGUAAACUGAGAGUAAUAGAUUGGCAGAGAGAAAUCCGAAUUUUAUAACAGCAUGUCAAUUUUGUUCAGAACAGACAGUUGUCCAAUUGGAUCCAAAAUAGAGUUUCCACACAGAAUAAUUACCUAUCAAGCUACGCUUCAUGUUAGAUGUAUUUUGAAAACUUAUUAAUUGUGUAACAAUUCAAAUCAGAUGUUAUUGCUUAUUGCAAAUAUAUAAAUUAUAAUUGUUGCCUGGGUGUUAGCUAAUGCAAUGUGCUACUGCGAAUGUAUUAUAAAAAAGUAUAAGCGUAUCCAAACUCAAUAAACAUCAGAAUAUGUA